AUGGAGUUCACAAUCCACGAGCCGGUACAAGGCAUCGUUGACGCCGAGCCUCAACGUCGUGGUCAUGUCGCCCAAGAGAGCCCUAUGCUCUUAGUGUCAGUGCCAGUCACCGCUAUAACCUACCCUCCUUAUCCUCCCUCGGUCCAGGCCGCCUGGGAUGCUGUUCAAGCGGCUUCAAAUCCGCCUUCGUCUUCCGCCACGAUGUCCCCCACCCGGCGCAGCUCUUUUGUUCAGUAUUCGGACGACACAACGGCCUUCACAACGUUUCCGCCAUAUACUCCAACCACCACCGCUGAUUCACCGUACAUGUGGCAACACAUGCCUUUCGCUCAAGAUGGACACUUCUUGAGUCCCCUCUCCCCGCCGACUACAGCACAUGAUGCACCAAUAAUGGUUACACCGGCUCGCCAAUCGAAUGCUUCGCUUCCUAGGACUUCCAGCUCAACAUUGUAUGGUAGCGGCAGUGGAGAGGCCUCUAUGUCCUUGGAUGCACCACUGCCACAGGACGAUGAGCUGUGGGACCGUAUUGACAUGGGCACUGGACCGAGCAAUGGUGUCGGCAAUAGGCCGGAUAGCUCUAAUGGAGGUCACUCUCCGCGUUCAAGGGCCGGGAACCAGGCACCAUCGGUCGGCGACACAUGGACCGACACAGCCGAUGGCUCGGUGUGGGUUUGGGAUGGACGACGAUGGAUUGAGGAAUGGCAAUGGCUCGACAGCCAAAACGAGUAUGGGAACGGGGAGCAAUUGGGAGAGGUCGGCAGAGUUCCAAGCGGACAGUCGACAGUUCCGGCGCCCACUUCGGAAAGCGCUACAUCUGCCUCCUAUAGCGAGAAUUCACAGCCACAGAUACCCACAAGCACGCCGCCUGGAUAUAGCAACCAAAGCUAUCAGACCUCGUUCGGAGGUAAUCAUACGCAUACGAGCUAUCCGGGCAGUGGGUAUCAUACCGCAUGGAAUAUGUAUCCCAUGCCGGGCGGUGCAGCGCCAGGAUAUCCGCAUGCCGUGCCAGGGCAAAGCCCAGGCUACUCACACCAAUCCAACAGCAACCCCCCACAGUAUAGCCCUACAGGAGCCGGUACGAGCGCGUAUACCCCCAAUCAGUACGGGGGUGUUCCCCAAUCGUCCUCAUUCCAACAGUAA